UGUACACUCACCUGUACACUCCUCACCUGUACACUCACCUGUACACUCACCUGUACACUCACACACACCUGCAGACUCGCCUGUAGACUCACAUGCCCACUCCUCACCUGCACACUCAACUGUAGACUCACCUGUACACUCGCCUGUACACUCACCUGUACACUCACAUACACACACACCUGCAGACUCACCUGUAGACUAACCUGUAGACUCGCAUGCACACUCCUCACCUGCACACUCAACUGUAGACUCACCUGUACACUCCUCACCUCGCCUUGCCCUCCCCCCCACCACCACCAACUCACCUGGGAGCCAUGCAAGCAGCCGCCUUCACCCUCCUGAUGUUCACCUUGGCAGCGAGUGGGGGGCCGUGCCCCCUACUGGUUCCCGUGGGACCCCUGCACCCCGUCCAGGUGUUCCAGCGGAAGUUCGAGGCACCCCGGGGCUGUGUGAGCCACGGCCAGUUGCGGGCGGCACUGGACCCCGAGGUGCACGUCAUCGUGCUGGGUCCCUUGCCUGACCAGGCGGUGCGGGCUGGCGAGCGGCCCGUGGUGCACGUGUCGGUGCGGGCCCUCGGAGUCCAGCGCAGGCCCCUGGCGCUCGUGCUGGUGGCGGCCCAGCAGGGCGCGGGUGUCCAGUGGCGGCUGUCGGCCAGCGGCCUCGACAGCGACCUGGUCAACACGCUCCACGUGACCCCGGGCUCGGUGUGGCUCUGCACGGGCCGCUGUCUGCGCCACCGCUCCUCCAGGGAGGCCCCCGCAGAGCCGGGAGCGGCGCUGUCCUGGGCCGAGCGGAGGUUCGGCUCCAUCUCCUCCUACAGCGCGCUGGAGCGUGCCGACAGGGUGCGCAUCUCGCUCGGCGAUGACCCGUCAUGGCCGCGGCGCUGCGAGCCUCGGCCGGGCUUCCUCUCCCCGUCGGUGGAGGCCUCCUACGCGGCCCGCGGCGGGGGCGACGGCGACGGCGCCACGGGCUGCUCCGCACCGCCGCUGCCGUUCCGCCGCGCGUCCAAUCGGACGCACGUCAUCGCGCUGCGGCCGGACGUGACGUCACAGAGGGAGACGCAGACCAACGUGGCCGUCCACGUGCGGAGCGGCGGGACGGCGGGCGUCUCGCGAGUCCACCUCACCCUGGUCCUCCUGGGCCCCGACCACGUCCACUGGGUCGUCCGCCCGCACGGCAUCGUGGGUAGCCUCACCGUGCUGGCUCGCAGCGCCACCGUGAGGCAGGGUAAGUACAGCGACGACGGCGGUGGUGAGACGGAAAACGAGGAGGAGGAGGAGGACGAGGAGCCGGAGCCGGAGCUGGCGGUGGCGGUGGUGACCGACGGCGUGCCGGCGCCGUCCGCGGCGGGCUCCCCCGGCGGCGCGGUGGGCUGGGCGCGCCGGCGAGGCCUGCCGCCGGUGCUCUCGUACACGUGGGCGGGGAGCUCCGCCAACCGCUUCGACGUUCGCAUUCCGGAGCCCGGUAACGCGUCGCCGCCGGUAACCGCAGCGGCGUCGCCGGUAACCGCGGCGACGGCGGAGCCGGGGGUGCCGGUGGUGCCGGCGAUCCACCUCUAAGCGUCGAAUAUCGGCAGCGGCUGUCCCCGGCAUGAGUAACCUAGGGUCAGAGCAAUCCAUAGGUCGCGGUGGAUAGGAGAUGUUAACUACCGGGCACAGUAUACAGGAGGUCGUGGGUUCGAUCCCGACCCUGAC